CUUAGUGCCGGUUACAAUGUUUCAUCAGUUUAACGGUGUGAGGGCACUUUUUGUGCUAUGCUUGUUUAAAAUAAUUGCAUGCGAUGGGUCUUUCCACCUAUUCUACGAAAUUCCUGCAACUGAAUAUGACGGCUGUGAAAACCUGUCAAGAUUUUUCCAAACGAUUUACACAUCGUCACCAGUUAAUGCUUUAAAGACAAUCAUUUCACCAUUGGCCUGCAGCACUUGUCCCCAAAAAUCUCACUUCCUACACCAAAACUUAAUCAAACUUGUAUCACACGGGUCAUUAAAUAUCAACUUUAUUAUCGCAAAUCUUAAAAAAGUGAAAAAUUUGAAUAGAUACGACGUCUUAAUUACCACUUUGAUGGCAAUUAAUGAAUUUACAAAAGUCGACCCUAAAUUGAAACUUGAAAUAAGUAACGAGAUUUUUUAUUUACUCAAGAGACGUUACUUGAAGAUUAAUAAUUACUCCAAUUUAAGGCAAGGAUUUUGUCAGGAUGAAAUAGAUGUAAAGACUCCAUUCAAUAGCAUCUUCUCAAGGCAAAUACCGCAUCCAUUUUCAUCUCAGAUUCAAAGAGCAAAUAUUUUUCCAAGCAUCCAGACUCCUGUUUUAAUUCAAACUCCUAUCAACUAUUACCCAAAACCUCAAUCUACUCCUUAUCUCUCGCAACCCUUGGUCAACUAUGGAUCUCCAAUAGUUCAACAUGCAAUAAGCAAAGGUUUUCCAAGUAACCACGCUAACGGCUGUAGUUGCCAAACAAAAAUAAUUGAAAUGUUGUUAGAUAGAUUAGUAGCAUUAGAAAGACAAAGAAAACAACAGUCUUCCUGCAAUUGCAAUCAACUUUGCAGAAACACUCAAACAAGAAUUUUACCCAGCAAAACACCAAUUCUUCCAAAUUCGUUACAGUUCAGAAACAGUCCGCAAAACUUAGGCCUAAAGAGCCCAAAUGUGCCAAAAAAGCCGGUAAAUAACCUGAAUCUCCUCCACGACCUGCUUAAAAAUUUUCCAAUUUCCAAAUACCCGAAAGAAAAAAUGAUGUAUCAGAAAUUUAAAGCGUUACUGCAAAACCCACAAAUCCAAAACCUUGUGAAAAAUAUGGACUUAUCCAAGUACAAACCAAGUGAAAUUCUCUACAUCAUUAUAACAACGGUUUUGCAUACAAUUAAAACUGAAGAAAUUCAAGAAGUAUUCGCUUUUUUCAAAACCUACAGAGAAGCAGCAAGAACAGGCUUUAAUUUUGGUAACUUGUUAGAUUUCUUACCACCACCGAAGAAUUUAAAAGAGCAAAAUUAUCACAAUAUCACCAAACAUUUGCUCCUCAGUAAGGGUCUAUACAAUUUAAAGUUGAGUCCCAACUUCCAACAAGCCACAAACUUGAGUGACAAAUUAAUAAUCUUAAUACAAGAACUAUUGAAAACAAAUACAAUUUCUGGAGAAAUUAGAGAAGCGCUUCAGUACUACUUGCCUGUUCUUGUAGGGAAACGAGCAAAUAUUCAUUUUGAAAACCUGAUACCUUUACUACCGACACCUGUGAAUGAUGUUGAAAAGAGACAACUAGAUGUGUUGAAAAAUCUUUUGGCAAGUAAUGAAUUGUAUGUUUUGAUGAAAAACUAUAAUUUGAAUCACUUGACUCCGGCACAACUUUUACAAAUGGUUUUGCACCACUUGGUCAAUCAUCAUAGUGAAUAUUCAGACGCUGCAUUGUAUUCCAGAAACAAACUCGCAGUUGAAAAGUAUGGAUUUAAUUAUUACGACUUGCUAAAUUUGAUUCCUGUUACGCAAGAAAACCGGCCGUUCAUCCAGUUGCUUAACAAUUAUUUCCAUAGUCCUGAAUUUGAAGCAAUUUUAGCGAAUCCUAACUUGAAAACCUUAUCCAAUAUUGAUAAGUUACUUUUGAUUCUUGAAACCAUUCAAAAUACUUCUACUGAUGCCAAUAUACUUAAAGCAGUAGCAAAUGUUUUGGAUGAUGUGCGGCUGCAAGUCUUUUACCAAAACAUGCAGCAGAAAAUUAUUAAUCUAAUUCCAGCCCCUAAAAACAACAUUGAAAAAAGGCAAUACGAAACUGUUAAAAGUUUCUUAUUGAGCAAGAGAGCGUAUCUAAUGUUAGCUGCUAUCGAUUUAAGUGUCUUCCCAGAUAAUAAGCACCUUCUAGAAUUUGUUUUUAAAACAGUUACGGAUAGUAAUUUAGAAGAAAAUAUUCGGGAUGCUUUUGAAUACUAUCUAGAUAUAGCUCAUAAACUGAAACCACUUGAGUUUGUAACGAAGAAAGAAAUUAAGAAGAAAUUCAAAUUGACAGAAAUCUUCACUGACACGUUGGAUCUUAGAACACUGACAGUUCCACAAAAACGGGCUUUUAAGAACUUCUUUAAGUAUAUUUCAGAAUUUAAACCUGAUGCUAUGUCGAAAUUCGAUUCCUGGGAUCAAGCCAAAACUAGAGGAGAGUUUAUGAAAUUGCUUUUUAAGUAUUUCUUAGAUUCGUCUACAGUUCUUCCAGAAAUUAAAGAAAGUAUAAAAAUUCUUAAUCCUCUGGUCAAAAUGGACGGCAAAGGAGCAUUACCACCAUAAAGUCACAAACACUCUGUUUUUCUUAAAGAUUAUUGUAAUAAAGAUAAAAAAUAAAUCUAUUU